GGCGGUGGGGUGGCGGGAGCGGAGCGGCAUGGCCACGGCGGCUUCUAACCCCUACCUGCCGGGGAACAGCCUGCUCGCGGCCGGCUCUAUUGUGCACUCCGACGCGGCAGGGGCUGGCGGCGGCGGCGGCGGCGGCGGCGGCGGCGGUGGGGGCGGUGCGGGGGGCGGUGGCGGCGGCAUGCAGCCGGGUAGUGCCGCCGUGACCUCGGGCGCCUACCGGGGGGACCCGUCCUCUGUCAAGAUGGUCCAGAGCGACUUCAUGCAGGGGGCCAUGGCCGCCAGCAACGGCGGCCAUAUGCUGAGCCACGCGCACCAGUGGGUCACGGCCCUGCCCCACGCCGCCGCCGCUGCCGCCGCCGCCGCUGCCGCCGCCGUGGAAGCGAGUUCGCCGUGGUCUGGCAGCGCCGUGGGCAUGGCCGGCAGCCCCCAGCAGCCACCACAGCCGCCGCCGCCACCCCCGCAGGGCCCCGACGUGAAGGGCGGCGCCGGGCGCGACGACCUGCACGCGGGCACAGCGCUGCACCACCGCGGGCCGCCGCACCUCGGACCUCCACCGCCACCCCCGCACCAGGGCCACCCCGGGGGCUGGGGGGCGGCCGCCGCCGCUGCCGCCGCCGCUGCAGCCGCAGCCGCCGCCGCGCACCUCCCGUCCAUGGCCGGGGGCCAGCAGCCCCCGCCGCAGAGUCUGCUCUACUCUCAGCCCGGGGGCUUCACGGUGAACGGCAUGCUGAGCGCGCCCCCAGGGCCCGGCAGCGGCGGUGGCGGCGCGGGCGGCGGCGCCCAGAGCCUGGUGCACCCGGGGCUGGUGCGCGGGGACACGCCGGAGCUGGCCGAACACCACCACCACCACCACCACCACGCGCACCCGCACCCGCCGCACCCGCACCACGCGCAGGGACCCCCGCACCACGGCGGCAGCGGCGGCGCGGGACCUGGACUCAACAGCCACGAUCCGCACUCGGACGAGGACACGCCAACGUCGGACGACCUGGAGCAAUUCGCCAAGCAGUUCAAGCAGAGGCGCAUCAAGCUGGGCUUCACGCAGGCCGACGUUGGGCUGGCGCUGGGCACGCUGUACGGCAACGUGUUCUCGCAGACCACCAUCUGCCGCUUCGAGGCCCUGCAGCUGAGCUUCAAGAACAUGUGCAAGCUCAAGCCGCUGCUGAACAAGUGGCUGGAGGAGGCGGACUCGAGCACUGGCAGCCCCACGAGCAUCGACAAGAUCGCUGCACAGGGCCGCAAGCGCAAGAAGCGGACCUCUAUCGAGGUGAGCGUCAAGGGCGCGCUCGAGAGCCACUUCCUCAAGUGCCCCAAGCCUUCUGCGCAGGAGAUCACCAACCUGGCCGACAGCCUGCAGCUCGAGAAGGAGGUGGUGCGGGUCUGGUUCUGCAAUCGGCGCCAAAAGGAGAAGCGCAUGACGCCGCCCGGGAUCCAACAGCAGACGCCCGACGACGUCUACUCGCAGGUGGGCACCGUGAGCGCCGACACGCCGCCGCCGCACCACGGGCUGCAGACGAGCGUGCAGUGAAGGCUAGGGCGCAGCGCGAAGAGGGCCGCCGCCGCCGCCUCCGCAGCCGCCGUCAGCACCGCCGCCGCCCCCACCGCCGCCGCCGCCGCGCCGACCCUGCACUUGGGCCGCACGGGCCUGAGCCCCGGCCCUGCCGCCGCCCUCCCCUCCGCCCAAAGACAGGCAUGCCCGCCCUUGGAGGAAAAAAUGAGGGAGAGACAGACCAAGGAGACAUUUUUUGAAGUCCAAGGAAGGAGGGACGAAAAAAAUUAAAAAGCAUAAUAAAUACCCAGACUGUUUCAUAUACAUAUACAACAAACAAAACCGGAAGAGAAAAAGGGGGCGAUCAUGAGAUCUCAUUUAUACCAUGGUGGUGUUUCGUUUUUUGUUUUUGUUUUUAAAAAAGGGUGAAGAUGCAUAACGCACCAAAACUGCACUCGUGAGGUUUUUCCCACUCUGAGAUGACCUACAUGGCAGUGGUGGACAGCACCUGCCUCGUCCUCUCCUCUUAAAAAAAAAAAAAGAGUCCCCCUUCCUUUCACUUUCUCCCUCCAGAAGGGCUGCCUAAACAGAUCCACGGAAACUUUCUUUCCUGGGAGCGACUGAAAGAAAGCAGAGGCACCGCGUUUCAUCAGGGGAUGGCACAGUGCUCUGGGACCCUAUUUUUCUUGGCCAUAUUAAAGUCAUUUGGGAACAAGCAAAUCAACUAUGAAAUGGGAAGGAGAAGGGGAAAAGUCUCCAGGAAAAUAAAAUAUUCACAGCUUCUGAAAUUAACAGACUCAAUAGCAAAGCCAAAAGUAGCCUCAAAGUAACCUUGGAAAUAAAAACAUCGCGAAAGAGCAGAGGGAUGGGCGAGGGAGAGGGGGACGUCCACCGAGGAGUGGCGAGAGGCCCCUGCCAAGUCGGGUCUCAGGCGGGUGGACUGGGCGCGGAACGAGGGCCCAGCCUGCGAGGCCGCCAAGCGAGGCCCGGCCGCCAACCCAGGCUUUAACGGCUGCCACUCGGGGUGGACCAUGCCUAAAGAUUCCACCGCUAAUAUUUUUUUUAUUAAUAUUUUUUAUUUUUUAUUUCUGGACUGACUCAGAUAAAGGAAUUUAGAAAGACUGAGCACCAGCCGCUGCACUUCUCUGGACUUCUCUCCUCAAUCCGUUGCCAACUUUGAUUGAAUGGGUGCUGUGGAUGUGAUUAUAUAAUACUGCCAUUUCCAAGCAGUGUUUUUGGUAGGUUUUAAUAAACAGACUUUUCAAAAGACGGCAAUAUAGAAUUGUUAGAUCCGUUGUUGAUCUAAAAAUAUUUGCUUUAUAUUUUCAUUAAAUGACUUCUUUUAAUAUUUUAUUCAGAAUACUUAUGAACUGCUGCAAAACGGUAAUUUAUUUUUCCCCAGAUCUUGUAUUACGUGUUUUUUUCAGACGAGCACAAAUCAAAAUGAAAUGAAAAUAUGGACAGUUGUUAGGUAAUAAGGGUAUCUUUUGAUGUGAUCAUUUGAUUGUAAUUUAAUUUGAGUAGUGAUUCCGUAAGAGCUGAUCGAGAAAAUAAAUUUGUUAGAAUGAAAUAGUCUGUGUCUGAUGCAUAAACACUGUGUGGGAAGAAAAGAGUUCUUUAGGAAAUAUUUUUUUACUAAUGAAAAUCCUUAAGUAAUAGCAUUGAGAAAGUAGAGCCUGCUCCAGUUAAGGUAUAUUUGGAAAUUUAGAGUAAAAGAUAGGCAUUUCUGAAACAGCUAGUAUUUUAACAUGGUAAUCACUUCUUGUUAAUCCAUAAAUUUCACGAUUUUUUUCCUCUCCCUUAAUUUUAGUGGGUGUCUUUAGUGUUUUUAAGUGAGAUUCUCUAGAUACUAGCCCUUUUCUUGAAGAUACCUGUGUUCUUUAUUGGAAGAUUGAACUACAUCACCAGUAAAAAUGUGCCAACUGGUUAUUAAUGGUUAAUACAGCCCCUCCCCCAAGUUCAGCCUCUCUUUUUCUUCUCAUUCCCCUAGCAUAUUCCUGUCUCUUUUCUCUUUUUCUGAAGACUAAUAGUUGUUAAGAAUAGCUUAUGUCUAUAAAAUAUUUUGAUAUCAAUUACUUCGAUUAAUAACUAUAUGUAAUUAAAUUUAAAUUAUUAAGUUUUUUGUUGUUUUUUUUUUCCUAUAAUGAAAGAAUAUAGUUCUAAAAUCCUGAUUAUGGUCCACACUGCAUCCAUCUGUGCAACUACCAGCUCAGACUUAAGGUUCUACAUUUCUGUGUUUUUGUCUUUCCCCAGUAUGAUUCUAUAUCUUCUUUACUGGUGCUGGGAGUUUUAGCUUUUUAGAUCAUUUUUUAGAUAGAUCCUGCAUAGUGGCCACAUUUAUCAAGUUAAUGUUUCAAUAUUUACAAUGUGGGAAAAUGAAAGUGUAAUGCCUCAGGUUGUGAAUACUAAAGAUGAUAAAGGCUCUGUUUAGUGGAGUCCCUACGUAUUGUACUUUUUAAAAAAAGUAUUUAGGGAUGAUAAAGCAAUGACUCUAUAGACAAAUUUCCCCCAAUCUCACUAAGCUGUCACUCACUUUUUUCCUUCUUCUCUCCUCUUCACUCCCUCUCCCUGUGAUAUCAAUACAGGGGUUAAAAAACCCGGAAAACUAAGAGAGCAACAAGGAACAGUUAUUUCUCCCAGACAGGCCCUGUGUCACUUUCAUAAAUCAAGCCCAGCCAGAUGGCCGCGUAUUGGGUUGCAUUAUUUUAAACACCAAAUUGUACUAAAAAUCACAAUCAUUUUGAUUUGUGAAAUCUGAAAAAGGCCAUAUUUAUUAAACAGAGAGAAGAAAAAAAUGAAGACAAGAAACCACAAUUUACUUUUCUUUGCCUUCUUGUUUUCUAUUUCUCUUGCUAUUGUAAUGACUCUACCCAGCGAGUUUACAACCUGAAGUGGGGGUGGGGGUGAAGUUCAUUGUUUUUUGAGGGUCUAAGUGGCAAGCAAAGAAGUCCUCACUGGAAAGUUGAGGAUUGAGCAGGUUGUUUUUAAGUGGUAGAUACUACUGGCACGUGAGAUGGAAUUCUGUUUUAUCUACAGGAAUGGUGGUGGUUGAUUAGACAAGGAAUGGGGUCUAUUUAAAAUUUUAGGAGAUAUCUACUUACUUGAUUUAGCUGACAACAAAAAAGCUAACAUUAGAUUUCAUACUGUUUUCUAUUAAAAAACUAACUUUGCUGAUUACUUUGGAAGAAGCCCUGAUUUAGCAGAGUAACUUUUAAUAAGAGAAGCUGGGAAAGCAAGCCCAUCUUGUUUCAUUAUUUUGCAUUUUAUAAAGUGAGCUAAGGCUUGCACUCCAUUUUUUUGAUCAACCCUUUGAAUGUAUUUAUGAAAUGAAAUUCAUGGUUGAAAAACAAAAGAGGGCAGAUAUAACUGAGAGGUUUUGUGCUAAGGCUUAUAUUGUUACACAUGUAAAUAAUGAAAAUAUUGUUAUAUAUCACCAGAUCUUUUUAAUGAAUUUGGUCAUUGUGUUCCUUUGCAGCGCAAGUGUCUUGUGCUUCGUAAAGUGCCCAUUUGUUUCCUCCAUUUCAACCCAUCCCCUCCUCCCCUUCUAACCCAAAGGAAAGUGACAAAGUUCUGUUCCAUCAGCCUGGCUAAUCCCAAGCUAGGCCCAUUUGCAGUUUACAGUCUCCCAUGGCUCUUAAUCAGUUGUCCAAGCCUUGGUCUCCUCAUUCAUUCAUCCAACCAUCUUCCCCUGGCAAGUCUGUGCCAUAAAUCAUUCAAGGUGUAUUUAAAAUAGUCACUUCGCUGUUGUUGCUCUGCCUUUUUUUUUUUGUACUUAGCCAAGGACUACUUCUUUGUUCCAAAAUAGAACUGUUCAUUAUUGAUCUUAGAGAUUCCCUCUGCUUCCCUGUAGCCUCCAGUGUUUGCUCAUUACCAUGCUCAUAAUCUGUUUUGUAUGAAUGGUUUUCAACAUUCAGAGAAUAAUUGGUUCUAAUAUUAAAUGCAGUAUAUACUAUUGAUAGUUUUAUCGAUAAGUGUAAUAUUUUAAAUAAUUUUAACAAUUAAAUUUGUUUUUUAAAUUAUA